AUGUAUUUGAUUUCAGUGCCGAAUCUUCCUCCAGUUUUUUCUAUUCGCAUUGAAGCUUCCAGUUUGUAUUACAUAUAUAAAGCAAACGUAACAACGGAUACUACAGUAGAGCUAUUGCUGAAAUGCUUUCAAGCUCAUGUUAAAGAUGUUUUUAAUUACAAACUUAAUUAUGCCGGACAAGACUUACAAAAUACUGAUACUCUUAAAAAUCUAGGAUUAAAGGAAGGAAGCUAUAUUCGAGCAGCUCUAAUUCCACUAAAACUUUAUGUGAAAAUGCAAGAUGGAAAAGUUAUAGAACUUCAUGUACCUGGAUAUAAUAAUAGAAGUAUCUAUAUUAUUAAAUCAACGAUUAGCAAAUGUGAAGGCAUUCCUGUUGAUAAACAGCGGCUUUUUUUUUGUGGAAAAGAAUUGGAAGAUUCUAGCACCUUGAAAUAUUAUAAUAUUCAAAAAGAGUCAACAUUGGAACUAAUUCUAAUACCGAUUGAACUUAAUGUAAGAAAAAAAAAUGGAGAAGUUAUAAAACUUUAUGUAAAUGAAAAUGACACUAUCCAUGAUGUUAAACAAAUGAUUCAGAAAUAUAAAAGUAUGUUUAAAAUUGAACUUCCUGUUUAUAAACAAUGCCUUCUUUUUUGCGGAGAACAAUUGCAUGAUUCUAGCACCUUGAAAAGUUAUAAUAUUCAAAAUGAGUCAACAUUGGAGCUAGCUAUGGUUCCAUUUAAACUUAAUGUGAAAACUCCAGAUGGAAAAAUCAUAGAACUUUCUGUAAACGAAGAAAACACUAUCUAUGAGGUUAAACAAAUAAUUCAGGAAUCUGAAGGUAUUCCUAGUUAUAAACAACGUCUUAUUUUUGAUAGAAACCAAUUGCGUGGUUCUUGUACCUUGAAAUAUUUUAAUAUCCUAGAAGAGACAACAUUGGAGUUAAUUCUAGCUGAAAGUAGUUCUCUGAUCCAUGUAAGAACGUUAACCGGAAAAAACAUUGUUUUGUCAGUAUGUAAAAACCUUUUCCCUCGAAAAGAUGUAAAAGAUAUUCCAACGUUACAUCUCGUACUUAGAUUGCGUGGAGGUAUGCUUCAAGAAACUAGUGGACGUAUAGAUUUCAAUGCAUUACCAUCACUUAUGCAAUAUAUGCAAGUUCCUGGAAGAUAUUUACAUGACAAGGUUCAUGCUGGUAUUGCCUGUAAUUAUUGUGGCAAAAGUGAAUGGAAAGGAGCAAGAUAUAAGUGUUCAGAAUGUCUUGAUUAUGACUUGUGUUAUGAGUGCAUCAAAAUAUCCAAGUUGCUUCAUGACGAACAGCAUAAUUUUUCGGAAAUAUUGGAUCCAGAAAAUCCAGAUGAUUUUCCAAAAGAUAUUCCCGUUAACCCUGUUACCAUCUUACCAAUACUUCCAACAAAAAAGGAAGAAAUGCUAACCUUGCUACAAGAAGAAGAAAAGCGAAGGUUUUCAUCAGAAAUACAACAACAAUAUUAUAAGGUUGGAAGUGACCCCACAUCUGGAAAGGACUGGAUGGAUGUUACAGAUCAAAUGCAACAUAAUUUGGUUCGAGAAUUUGGUUACUCGGAUGAAGCUGUACAAUUAUUACGACGUGCUCCGCAACUUUACCAAGUCGAUCCUGCAUUUCGUACAACUCAAGUAUAUGUUCGCAAUAAUAUUGCUUCUCGUGGAAAUCUCAAAGAAGGAAUGCUGGCACCUGACUGUCCACUAGUUCCCCUAAUGAACGAUAAAACUAUUAUUCAAUUGCGUUCACUUUAUCGACCAGAACGACCCUUUGUUCUUCUUGCAGGAUCAUAUACCUGUCCAUUAUAUCGAUACAUAUCUCAUGUGCUCAAUGAUAUUUAUAGUCUAUAUAAGAACGAUGUAGACUUUUAUAUGAUUCAAAUUCGUGAAGCACACGCCAGUGACGUUUGGCCUAUUGGUAAUAUUGUAGAAGUUAAGGAACAUCGUACGUUAGAAGAGCGGUUGACAGCUGCACGUACAAUGGUUGAAGCUACUCAACUUGAGAUUCCUGUACUAGCGGAUACAAUGGAUAACACAUUCUUGAAUUUAUAUUCACCUUGGCCAUUCCGAUUCUUUGUAAUUAAAGAUGGUAUUUUGAAACUUGUUGGAACGCCAAAAGAAGCACGUUAUGAUACAACGGAUCUAGUUAACUGCUUAGAUGCUCUUUUGAAUGAAAAAAUCAUCUGAUUUAAUUACUUCAUAUCUCAUUUUGAUGGAAUA